AUGUCUAUGAAACUUACUCCAAAUUUUGUUGAACUCCCUACUGAAAUUCUCUAUUGUAUUCUUGACCAACUUAAUACACAAGAUAUUCUACUUUCCCUGCGUAAUGUCUGUACACAUUUUUAUGCAAUUACAAACACUUACAAUCGAUAUAAAAUUCAUUUUACCAGUACAUCAUCGAAGAGUGAUAUUCAUCGCGUUUGUCGAAUGAUCAAACCGGAAAAUGUGAUUUCAUUUUUUCUCAUAAGCACAUGUACUGGGUUAGAUGGAAUUGAAUUAUUUCUUUCACUCAUUGACAUCAGUCAAUUCACUCGACUUAACUUAUUGAAUCUGUUUAAUAUCAGUCCCUGUGGUCUCAAUAAAAUACUGCAGCAUAUUACUAUUAACUCCAUGCACAUGCCACUGUCACUGAAGAUAACAUUCAGCGAUUCCAACAAUGAUGAUACAAUUAAACUUCUCUUAUCAGCGAUUGCUCAGUCACGUAUUCGUAAGCUAUUCUUAGAAUAUAUUAGUGAUAAAAUCUAUCAAAUAUUAUGUUCAAGUCAGUUUACAUUAGAAGCAUUGACUAUUCAUCACUGUACACACAAACAAUUGUGUAACAUUCUUGAUCAUCUACCUAAUCUUCAAAGUUUUUCAUCAAACUAUUAUAUGAUGAACACAGAUGAUCAAAUUGUUCUUCCAAAAUCAUGCAAACAAUUGACUUCACUAACCUUACGAAGUUGUACAAUGCUAAUGGAUCAGCUUGAAUCUCUUCUGUCACUGACAACCUCACUUGUCUAUCUACACUUAGUCUGCUACUUUUCCACAUUCGAUUUCCUACAGCAUUUAUCUAAAUGGGAACGCUUUAUAUGUGACAAGUUACCUUCACUUAAAUAUUUUAAAUUUUAUGUUCAUAUUACAGAUUAUCCCUAUGAAAAAAUCAAAGAUAUAGAACAUAUUAUCAAUUCUUUUCGAACUUCAUUUUGGAUUGAGCAAAAACUUUGGUAUGUUGCUUGCAAAUACAUUAAAAACAGUACAAGAACUGACAUAGCAUUGUAUUCACCAAGUGAUUCAUCUAUUGACUUUCCAGAUGGCUUGUUACCAGGGAUCUUAUCAUGUUCUACUGUAACGACAAAAAGCGACGACUUAGGCAACAGUAGAAUUACGUGGAGCGCUCGUUUAAACGUAUCAAAAAUGAUCGAUGCUAUUAAUUCAAAUCAAUUAAGUCAACCAACUCAACAAAUUGUUAACAAAGUAACUCAUUUAGCACUGGACAUUGAUUGGCCCAUCGACUCGUUUGAUUUUCUUUCGACUCUGGUUGAUUUUUCAAAACUAACUGAAAUCUGGUUGUUCCUUUCGCAUCAUCAUUAUUUUGACUCAAUUACAAUGGAGAUGUUACUCAAUCUGGCUGGCAAUGUUCGGACUAUCGGUAUAUCAUAUGAUGAUGACUCAACGCAAAUAACUGCCGAUAUGUGUUCAGUGUUAUGUCGUCAAAUAGAACAACUAAAAGUGAUAACGAUGGACUUUGGAUCUAUGAAACUAAUUCUCGAAUCUAUGAAAAAUAUGUCUAGUGUUACAUUUGUGUCACAUCGGGGUUCAGCAAGUUCGUGGACGGAUAUGAUCAAAUGGCUCGAUCAAACGGGAAGAGCGUUUUCGCAAAGCAACGAUUAUCGAUCUCUUCAGUGCCAUACAACACUCUAG